AUGGAGACCUGGUUCGGCACCGCCUACACGAACCUGCCAUCCGGGAAACGACAUGUGAAUUCGAAGUUCAUGAAAGAUUUCGAGUUGGUCAAGCAGGGCUUCAAUGGCUCAGGCUCUUUCCAAACGCAUCGUCUGGGGCUCAAGAUGACCACCCAGGCUUCUGGGCAUUAUGAUCAUGAUGAGGAUGAAGUUUUGCUAAAAAUGUGGGAAUUGAAAUCCUUGUUCGAUCCAGUUGUUGGAAAGAUCAUGCAUCUCAUCGAAGAACAGGUUCGAGCGACUGAGCAAGAAGGCUUGCGUAUAGGGGCAAUCAUGCUCGUCGGUGGAUUCGGUGAGUCUCGCUACCUUUUCGAAAAGGUGGACUAUAUGUGGAGACCGAAGGGCAUCAAGGUCAUCAACCCUAAGAAGUCGUAA